AUGUUGACCUCACGAGAAGGAUUCACGGUUGACGUGAUUGCCAGAUGGCUCCGAAAAUCAGUCCUCAAUCCGUAUCUCUCGAUACCGCUUGCAACCGGACUGGCGGUGGUAUCAGCAAAAAAGAACGGAGCGGUCGGACUCUCAGACAUCAGAUUUGACACCGCUCAGCGCGUUGCGUUCCUCGCGGCUCUAGCAAGCUUCGUCUUGUCAACCACCGAGUAUCUCAACAAAUGGUCGGCAAACAACUGGACGACAGACCACACAUGGGAUUUUGACAAAGAAAUCAUUAUUGUCACCGGUGGCAGCAGUGGCAUCGGCCACAGUAUCAUCAAACAUAUCCUGGCCAGAAACCCGCGGGCGACUAUCGUUGUUGUCGACCUAGCUCCGCUAUUAUGGGAGCCUCCGAAAGGUUCCAACAUCCACUUCUUCAAGUGUGAUCUGACCGACACAAAGGCUCUCAAGACUCUUUGCACGUUGAUUCGAACUCAAGUCGGCGAUCCUACCGUUCUCAUCAACAAUGCGGGAAUCGCACGGGGUUACAGCGUCAUGGAAGGCUCGUACGCAGACGUUGAGUUGACCAUCAAGACAAACUUGCUCGCCCCCUUCCUGCUUACGAAGGAAUUUUUGCCGUACAUGGUUCGCACCAAUCAUGGCCAUAUUGUCAAUGUCGGGUCGAUGAGUUCGGUUGUUCCCCCAGUGAGAAUUGCUGACUACUCUGCCACCAAGGCUGGGCUCACCGCGAUGCAUGAGUCACUUCAACUUGAGCUGAAAUACAUUCACAAAGCGCCCAAGGUUCGUCAAACGCUUGGAAUCUUUGGCUUCAUCCGAACACCUCUGGUUCCCUUCGACCCCGGUCAGCCUCACUUCAUGAUGCCGCUCCUUCAUGUGGACUCGGUAGGAGAGGCCAUCGUGAAUUCCCUUUACAGUGGCUUCGGACGGACGAUCUAUCUGCCCGGUAUCAUGUCAUCUGUGACAGCCCUGCGAGCUGGUCCUGAGUGGUUGUGGCGUCUUGCGAGGGAGACGACUGCGAGCGCGAAAGAUAUCGCGUAUACGCCAAGGCAAAAGAUUGAUGACACAACUGGUCAAUUUGAGAUGGUAGAACCAGCGGAGAAGUGA